UGCACACAUGCAUUGCUUUCUGCAGUAUCCAGAUUUCUCAGGUCUUACUAGGAACAGUCAUUCCCAUGCUCCAUAGAAUACUUGGGACUUAUCAUUCCAUAUGGGUGGCUGCAGAACAGCUCUCUUGGACAACUGACCAUCUGGGUGAAAACACCCCACUGCAGAUUUUUGCCAAAGUCUCCUUUGCAAGAAUGGAUCCUUAGUGGCCAAAUUAUGCAGCCUGGCAUAGAAACCCACCUCAGGAGAAUGAAGGAUGGAUAUCUUUAAUGACAGCCUGAUCGACCUCAGCUCCAAUAUUUCCGCCCUCCUGUGCGAACUCGGCUUAGAAAAUUAUACCAUUUUCUGCAUGAACCACUCUUCUCGGCCUUUUAAAGAGUUGGACCAGACAGUUCGGAUCCUCCUAUAUUCCCUGAUUUUUUUACUCAGCGUCCUGGGAAAUACCCUGGUUAUCACGGUGCUGAUCAGAAACAAAAGGAUAAGGACAGUCACCAACUUAUUCCUGCUGUCACUGGCCAUCAGCGACCUCAUGCUGUGCUUCUUCUGUAUGCCCUUCACCCUUAUCCCCAACCUCUUACAGGAUUUCAUUUUUGGCAGCACCCUCUGCAAAAUUGCCAGCUACUUCAUGGGUGUCUCAGUGAGCGUAUCAACUUUCAGCCUGGUUGCAAUCUCUCUUGAGAGAUACAGCGCCAUUUGCAAACCACUGCAGUCUCGGGUCUGGCAGACCAAAUCCCAUGCCUUGAAGGUAAUUGCCGUCACGUGGUGUCUGUCUUUUGCCAUCAUGACGCCAUACCCAAUUUACAGCAAGCUGGUCCCUUCUGCACUUCCUAACAGCACUGCGUCUAAGUGUCGUAUUCAUUGGCCAAGCAAAGUGAUGGAGCAGUCUUGGUACAUUUUCCAGCUCCUCAUCCUUUUCCUUAUCCCAGGGAUUGUAAUGAUGAUAGCGUAUGGAUUAAUCUCCUUGGAGCUGUAUAGAGGGAUAAAAUUUGAUGCGAGCCACAGGAAACUUUCUCGAGAAAGGAAAACUAGUGUCAGCAGCAGUGUCAGAUACGAAGAUGGGGAUGGCUACUACUUAAAGAAGAACAAGAAACAGCAAGAGAUACCCCUUCGCCAACUUUCAGCCACCAGCUCCUGCAGCAACAGCCAGAAGAUUGACCGCCCAAGGAGCAGCUCAUCCACAGCUAACUUGAUGGCCAAGAAGUUAGUGAUCCGAAUGCUGAUUGUGAUUGUGAUCUUGUUCUUCAUUUGCUGGACUCCCAUCUUCAGCGUCAACACCUGGCGGGCCUUUGACACCACCUCAGCUCACCUCCUCCUUUCGGGAGCUCCCAUCUCGUUCAUUCAUUUGCUCUCUUACACCUCUGCCUGCGUGAAUCCGAUUGUCUACUGCUUCAUGAACAAACGCUUCCGCGUGGGUUUUCUAGCAACCUUCACUUGCUGUACCAAGCAACACCUUCCGGCAGUCCGAGCAGAGAUGGGAGAGGAUGAGGAAGGAAAGACGACCAGAGCAUCUCUUUCCAGGUAUUCUUACACCCACAUGAAUAUGGCAGUUCCUCCAUGAUUUGGGGAAGGGGAGAAGAAUAUUGCAAACAUUUCAACUCCUGCCAUCACCUUCAUGCGUCAAACCUGUCUAAACUGGUUUGGUACUUCUGCAAAGGCAGGUGGGGUUGAUAGGAGUGGGAGAUGAACAGCAUAUUCAUUGAUCAAAGGUCUCCCAUCAGACAGGGAAGGAUUCUGGCUUUUAAUCUCAAUGGUCCUAAAUGUAUCUCAGGUAGAAACAGUGAGGUUCACCAUGAAAUUCAGUGCAACUUAUCCACACACGUACACUGCAAAAAAGUUAGUAACAAACAUGGCAAAUGUUCUUCAAAGAUAGGGUAGAUUUUUUUUUUUUGGUCCCUUCCCUUUUGAAAAAUUCUUUGUACAGUUGUAGGAUUCUUCGAAGACCAUUUCAUAAAUCCAGAGUUGUAUUGUCAUAAUCUGUGACAAAAUAUCUAUAAGAGGAAGGUCAAAAUUUAUCCAUGGUUUUCUCUCCUAAUUAAUUUUGCUGCUGGGCUUCAGUGCCUUCAAAUUAACUGUACUGAAGAUGAGGGAAGACAAAGUUAAAAAAUGGAACAGUUGAUUGGGAAGGUAAAGAGUUUUAUGUUUGGGAAAUGAACAAUUAAGCCCCCAAGUACCUCACUAUAGCUCCAUUUUUCUAUGAUAAUUUAAUGUAGCUUUGAUUCAGAGUUUGGUGGAACAAGGAACUGAUUUGACUGUAAUUUUUGAUCAUGAUCUCCACCCAGGAAAACAACAUGAGACCUUCUAGGUCAGCUCAAGGCUUGGCUUACCCCAGAACCUUUGUCAUUUAAAUGCUUUGCUUCCAGAGAAGCCACCCUCUGUACACAAAAGUAAUACCUCUGCCUUUGGUAUUCAUGCACCAACAACCAGUAUUCAGACACACUGCCUAUGGAUAGGAAGGCUAGCGUAGCUGAGAGCUGUUGAUAUUCCUUUCUUCUAAAUGUGUGCUGGACUGCAACUGUCAUGGCCUUUAGGCAUACGUGGGGGGAUUCAAAGAGCUGCAGCACCAACACAACUACUGGGAGUAAAAUGAGGCUGAAGCACUGCUUAAACAGCUCAUCACAAGUUUUCAACUCUGCUCAUAACAACAACAUCAUCUAUAUUUCCCCCAAGAAUCCCAUCGGUCAAAUAGAACAGGUAGAUCAAUUCACUGAAAAUUGUAUUUUUCUGGGUUUUCAAAAAACACUCCUUUACCUGGGAAUUUGAACUUGGAAACUGUUAAUAGAGAGGUCCAUAUACUGAACACAUCUGCUUUCCUUCCAGCCAUUUUAAAAUCAUGUCCAUGCUAGGUGUGAAACUAUCAGGACUAUAUUCUUUCAGAAACUUCUAGCUCAUUUCCUGAUCUCCCUUCAAGUGGGCAGAAUUUUUUUUUUUUUAAGUCCUGAUUUGGAAGGAACUUCUCACGUGCAGAACCCCACUUUGGUUUGCUCUCCUCACAGCUGGAGGCAGGUAACUUCACAGGCUGACCGUAAUGGAAACCAACAUCAGAAGGCAGCGUGGAGUCCUAUGUUAUAGAUCUGGCAGAAUUCAGGCUGUCAGGACACCAAGCAUGCUCACUUUUUUUUUCUUAUUUCUAAAAUCUGCAUCCUUCCUUUCUGCCUAAAUGGCAUUCAAAGCAGCUAUCAAUAACCCUAAACCAGUGUUGUUC